UUACGUUGACACAAGUGCAUGGCUGUGGGGGAAGGAGGAGCCGCAGACGAACUGGGUCACAUGGACACACACAGCUCAGCUCCACUCAAGCCACUGCACAAAAUUGGUUUUCUGUGGAGCACAGCUUCAACCUCAGAAUUACAUGCCUAAUUUAAACAUGCUUAACGUAUCAGUGCGGUUGGAGAACUGAAAAAAGAUCUAACCAAAGCUGUUUAAAAAGUAUUUUUAAACUUUUCUGAUAACACUGCCCGUUUUCGUUGUAUUACAGCGCCGACUGGACAAAUCGAAUUUUCGAGGACCUGGGCUAUUUUGUCCAGAAACUUUUGGCUUAGAUGCAGUAGGUUACACACUUCCCGAACAGACCCUACUCCUCAGUUGAGGAAAAUUUCAGACGGUCAGCCGAUUCUGCUUUGAAGUUGCAGCGGAAGGAAUACAUAUCUCCAUAUUAUUGUGACAUGGAAUCGACCGAAGUGGGCAGCGUGAUAACCUACAUCUGCUCAUCCAGCUCAGCCUCAAGCCCAGAGUCCUGCCACAGUGACUCUUCAAAUGGUAGCGACCAGUCAUCCUCUCCUUCUCAUGGCUCCCCUUCUGUGCACCUCCAUCUGGAUCAGCAGUCUGACCCUACAUUUGAGGCAGCUUGGCAAAAUCUACCAGGGACCGAAAAGACUGGACGUUUUUCUUCUGCUGCAAAAUGUGGCAUCACAAAGAUAAAUGGACUGGUUCUUCUUUGUAAAGUCUGUGGUGAUGUAGCAUCUGGUUUCCACUAUGGCGUCCACGCUUGCGAAGGCUGCAAGGGCUUCUUUAGGAGGAGCAUCCAACAGAACAUCCAUUAUAAGAAGUGCCUUAAGAAUGGUACCUGCCCCAUCAUGAGGAUCAACAGAAACCGCUGCCAGCAGUGCCGCCUCAGAAAAUGCUUAAUGGUGGGAAUGUCCAGAGACUCUGUUCGUUUUGGCCGAAUCCCGAAGCGCGAAAAACAGCGCAUGCUGCUGGAAAUGCAGAAUGCCAUGAACAACAUUAUUAAUAAUGGUCAGCUAAACAGCCAGCUGCAGAGCAGCCAGAUGUUGCCUGCCGCUUUGUCACUGCCAAUCAAUUCCACCGAAUCUACCUCGGAGCAAGUUGGCUAUGCCGCCUCCUCCUCCCCCUGCUCCAGUGUGUCAGACACCAAUUCUGACCCUGAGCCUGCAAUGAAAAUGGACACCAGCCCCAGCUCAGCUUCGCCAUGCGCAUCCGACAGUGGCGAAGAGGAAGGGAUUGGCUCGGGGACAAAGGCACACAUAACCACCCCUAUGAACAAACAGGAACAAAUUACCCUGAGCGCAGACUCCACUGUGACUACAGGCUCAUUGGACAAUGGUGUUGAUCAGAAUGUUGCCGAUGACCAAAGAGACGACAUACAGGAUGCCUGGAACUGUCAAAACAACAUGGCCAGCAAAUCAACACCUGUCAGCCUGGGGCCAAAGAGUUAUGAAGACAAAAUUGCCAACCACUCUACCUCCAGAUUGUUUCCCAGCACUGUGGGACAGAGUCAGGGAACUUUAAGAAUACUAUCUUCUGUCCAUGAAGUCCAAAGCGGGCACUGGUUGAGAGAUGGCAGAAGAAUGUAUUUGGGUUGUCCAAUGAACACAGCCCCCAAUAUUGACUCACAGAAAUCAGGGCACGAGGUGUGGGACGAAUUCAUGCACAGCUUCACCCCGGCUGUCAGGGAGGUGGUGGAGUUUGCGAAAAAAAUUCCCGGCUUUAGGGAUCUGUCACAGCACGACCAGGUCAACCUGCUCAAGGCUGGAACCUUUGAGGUGCUAGUUGUUCGUUUUGCUUCACUGUUUGAUGCAAAAGAACGCACUGUGACAUUUCUGGGAGGCAAGAAGUACAGUGUGGACACACUGAGGAGCAUGGGUGCCAGCGAAUUCCUGAACUCCAUGUUUGAUUUCAGUGAGAAGCUCACUAACUUGGGCCUGAGCGAGGAGGAAAUGAGCCUCUUUACUGCUGUGGUCCUGGUCUCUGCUGAUCGCUCCGGUAUCGAGAAUGUGAACUCGGUGGAAGCACUGCAGGAUACAUUAAUUUGUGCACUGCGCAACCUGAUCACUAAGAACCACCCCAAUGAAUUAGCCACCUUCACCAAGCUGCUGCUCAAACUGCCUGACCUGCGCUCGCUCAACAACAUGCACUCUGAGCAGCUGCUGGCCUUCAAGAUCCAUUCCUGAAGUUUCCCUCGAAUACUUGACGGCAUCACUUCAUCUCCACUACCACCACCUCCACAACCACCUCUAAUUCCAUAACAGCUAGGAGUAGAGCCUGGAGGUGGUGGCUGGAGAUUUCCCACCUUCUUAACUCCAACCAAACCUCCAUAAUCUUCAACCUCUGAAUCAUGCCAGAACUCAUGUGAUAAUUUUUUGGCACAUGAAGUAGAUCACAAUAUAUCAUUGUACUGUACUGUCGGGCCUGCAGCAUUUUUGAUAAUACGGACAGACAUAUCGAUCAAUGUUUGUUGUUUUACUGUGUAGCAUCUUGUACAUUUGCCACUGUACAAAUUUUAGAAGCACUUUUUUGUAGACUAGACUUUUUUUUGUUUUUUUGGGGUUUUUGUUUUGCAUUCAUAGUGCAAUAUGUGACCUGCUUUGUUCAUGCAGUAUGUAGUAAGGUGUCGAGAAAUAAAAGUCCACCCCAGAUACUGACUUAAUGGAGAAAUGAAAUCCUCAGUAAAAGAACAGACAACUCAGAAUGUGGUGGUAUUAUUUGCGAGUUGAUUUAAAAAAAAUAAAAUGAAAAGUUGGGGGUGAUGUUUUUCUUUUUUUGUUGUUGUUAUUGUUAUACUUUGACAAUUAGCUUGAUUGUUUUGGCAUAAUGACAAUACAUAUAUGUCACACCAGGGUCAUACCCUGUAACUUUGGCAUUCAAUAUUUCAACAGAGGUCACCGAAAGGUAGGAUCUAUAAAAACCUAUAAUAACUUGAUUUAUUGUUAUUUUCUUUUUUUUAAAUAAACACGUACAGACAUUAGAGAAACUGAAAUGCUAUAUGUAUUUCAUGUCAAAUCUGAUUGUAACAUUAUAGAGAUUGUGUAAAUUUAAGCAAUAAGCUGAAAAGAGGUGACGAGUGAGAGCUUCGGGCUUUGUGUUGACGUUGUAAUUGUGGCUUUGUGUAAAAUGAUUACAGAAUGCAUACAUUUCUGAAUAUGUGUACACAGACGCAUAUAAACAUACCUGUGAGGAGGAAUAUAUCUAUAUAAAUACCUUUUUACGCAA